CUUAUUCGGGUUUGGGUUUUUGAAACAUGUUCAAUAUUUUUACUUUCCUCAGAAAUCUUCUGUUGCCAGCACCCUAUAAUUACUUUUUCUCAAAAGCGAUUUAGCGAAUCCGACGACUCCGGAGCCCGGGGUGCUACAGAACGUUCCGCUGUGGAAUUUCGUGUUGGAGACGUGUCGGGAGGGCAGGCGAGAAGGUCGUGAUUUCCUUGUAGUGGUCGUAGAUUUUCAUAAUUUAAAUAAAAAGAUGCCACUCAACACUGCAGAAGCCCUGUCUCUGGUGUCCCAAAUAUGUGAGGAAGAGAAGCUGCGAGUUGCCAUGAAGGAAAGCAUGAAAGGGGGAUUCAUUGCUGGUGGAACAACCAUGCUGGGGGGUCUGCUUGGCGGCCCCAUAGGGCUAGCUGUAGGUGGGACUGUGGGAGGACUUACAGCUGCCUACCUCUCCAGCGGGAAGUUCAAGAGUGUAGCAAGUAUCAUCAGAAAUGAUCUGACACCAAUGCAGAGGGAGCAGCUCGCAAAUUCUGUCAGGAUGUUCCUGAGCAACCGAUCUAUUGGGGAUCUCACUCAGGCAUCAAGGAUAUUGCUGAGUCCGUCUCUCAAGUUGAUCCUCAUCCAAACUGUCAUACAGUUUUUGAUUGCUGCCAUAGGGAUUAUUUUCCAGUGGAACCGUGAAAGACGUUAUAGACCAGCAAGUCCUGAUUGUCUGGACUCAACCUCUAGGAUGUAAGCUUAAAGUUUUUAAAUUGCUGAAUUGUCCAGCAAAUUCUCCAGUACUGAUACUGAGAGCCUUGUUAAAUAGAGGGAGACAUAUGGAAAAUACAGAAGCAGUGUAAUGCAAAUUAAUGAAAACAGUUUUGUAUAAGGUGUUUCCAGAGGUACAUAAAGUAUUUGUAGAUAUCUAAGAAUAUUUGAAUCAGAUUUUAGGUGAAAUGAAUUUUAGAAAUGACAGAGAGCAAAAGAGGGAAGAAAAGGAUGCUGGACAAGGAGUUGCUGCCCAGCAAAAUCAUGCCAGGAUUUGGAUAUUGGAUUAUGCAAGUUAUGUAAUAUUAUGACAGAUUUAAAUGGAAAAUCAUAAAGUAAAUAUACAUUUUGUAAUUAACAAAUUAAGAUUAUGAAAGAACACUAUCACUGUAAUAUUCUUUGCCAUUUCACACUUGUAUGUAGUGGUUUCUUAUAUCCACCUUGCUAACAACAGUAACAUUUUACUCAGAAUCACAUUUUAUAUCAUAUCUGUGAAUGUUUUACUAUAACUCAUCAGACAAUGGGAUUUGCAUGUUAGCAUCAUUUGUUUAUAUAUUUCUCAGAGUCCCUGCUUGCACAGAGGAUCGUUUUGAAAAUGAAAGUUUCUCAGUGAAACAUGUAAUAAGAGACUACCUUGCAAUUGUUUGUUUGUUAAUUGCUGUGGUUAGAAAUCCUAAUGAUGAAACUGGUCAUCCAAUGAAAUUGUGUUUGUUUUGUCAACUGUAAGAAUGGCUGAGCUUGUUAGAAGCAAGCUGCGUUUUUCAUUGGUAAUUUUCUAGUUGUGGAAAAAGCCAAGUCAUAAAUUUAACUAUUUCCAGAUUUUUGUAACUUAUCUACUAUUUUCAAUAAUUGACUUAUUGUCUUCUCCAUUGUAUCUUCAUUGAUAUUCUCAGAAUAAUACAAGAGUUGCAUCACAAUGACUACUUUGCAUAGGAAAGUCGGAUUCUGUUGAAGUCAAUGCCUCUGGGUAGCUGACUGAGUUUGCCUCCAGAGGCUAUUUCAAACAGGGGUUAUGUGUUGCACUUGCCAUGUUGUACAAAUAAAAUGAUAAAUUUCUUUUUGCAGCACAUGUAUCCAAAGCAUGCAUAUUCAGAGAUGCUUAAUAUUCACUGUAGUUACAUUGAACCAGCAGUAUCAUGAUUAUGUACAUUAGACUUCAUUUAAGUAAAAUUGGUGUGUUUCACUCUGUGUACAAGAUGCAAUGUUUAUUUUACUGAAGGUUAGAAAAAAAUCCUUCAUUUUUGCAAAUCUCAUGUUCACAAAAUGAUGGAUUUUAUACGCUUAUAUACAAGGCUGCUACUCCUGUCUUCAGUACUUUUAUUUUUUUGUGCCAUGCUUCAAGAAUCAUGCUGUCAGAGUGCUAUAUGACAAUGUAAGUAGUUGACAUGAAGAGAUCGAUCAUGUAAACUAGAGUGAAAAUUACAGAGCCGCAGCAGCAAGAAAGCGCAAUGGUUUGGCGCGUUUCCAGGCAUUGCAAACUAAUGAUUUAUGUACUGAAUAUUGCCCUUUAUCCAAAAUAAUAGACAGAGCAUUACACUUUCCAUUUUCCUACAGACAAUGCCCUUGGGCAUGUGAUAAAUAGGCACAAGGAUACCUUGUAAAAAACAGCUCUAGAUGUAAUUCAUGCAUCAGAGUAACAUGAUACAAAUGACUGUAGCCCAGAGCCAUGCCCAAGUCAGCAGUGACAUGAAUGACCCUUCACUUGGAGCCAUAACAUUAAUCCAGCAUUGUCUCUAGGCUAAGGAUUAAAGGGUGAAAUGAGCCUCAUGCAUUAGCACAAAUCAUGAAAAUUCUCUUCAACUGUUUUACCAUAGAAGAUGGGAAUGGAAUGAUGUGUCUCUGUGAUUAUAGAAAUUUCAUUGGAGAAUGAAAAUUGGGUUUGAAAUUCUAGCAUGGAUGAAAAGCAAUGAUUGGGAAAUAUUGCUUUGGAAAAAAGAAAUGCUGUGAAAAGCAACAGCACACCUAAAUCUAGAUUUAAAGUGAUACAAAUGCAGUAUAUAUUGUUUCCGAGUU